CAGAAGAACUAGUCGUCAUGAGUCGGACAGCGAUAGUUUUCAGCUCGACAGCGCUCCAUUUCGGUCCGAAUCGCCUCCCCAUUCACUGUGACCUCUACGCGUGUAUAUAAAAGAAAGGGGAUGAAGACUCAUUAACUAUUUUUAGUCCGCCAACUGCUGCGUUCGGGAUUUAAUUUAACAACACUUGUUAUUCUUCUCCCUCAGCGUCUGCUGAAAGACGGGUGAAGAAUUCAUGAGCCAACAGGAGGACCAGUGAUUGCCCCCAUUCUUUUCUCCUGUUACUGGCGGAUGCUGUGACUGGGUGUUGGGUGGACAGGGUAGCAGCGCGUCAUGGCGGACGUGGACCCAGACACACUGCUGGAGUGGCUGCAGAUGGGGCAGGGCGACGAGCGCGACAUGCAGCUCAUCGCCCUGGAGCAGCUCUGCAUGCUACUACUCAUGUCAGAUAAUGUUGACCGCUGCUUUGAAACGUGUCCUCCACGGACGUUUCUUCCAGCCCUGUGCAAGAUCUUCUUGGAUGAAAGCGCCCCUGACAAUGUUCUGGAGGUGACUGCCAGAGCCAUCACCUAUUACCUGGAUGUGUCGGCUGAGUGCACGCGCAGGAUUGUUGGGGUGGAUGGGGCCAUCAAGGCCCUCUGCAACCGAUUGGUGGUGGUGGAACUCAACAAUAGGACCAGCAGAGAUCUGGCUGAGCAGUGUGUAAAGGUGCUGGAGCUGAUCUGCACACGGGAGUCUGGUGCUGUGUUUGAGGCUGGGGGACUGAACUGUGUUCUGAGCUUCAUUAGGGACAGCGGUCACUUGGUGCAUAAGGACACGCUACACUCUGCCAUGGCAGUGGUCUCUCGUCUGUGCAGUAAGAUGGAGCCACAGGACUCCUCCCUAGAGACCUGUGUGGAGUCUCUGUCCAGCCUCCUUAAGCACGAGGACCACCAGGUUUCUGAUGGAGCCCUGCGGUGCUUUGCCUCUUUGGCUGACCGGUUUACCCGACGUGGGGUGGAUCCAGCCCCAUUGGCCAAGCAUGGGCUCACUGAGGAGCUGUUGUCUCGCAUGGCUGCAGCAGGAGGCACAGCUGCUGGACCCUCCUCCACUUGUAAGCCUGGUCGUACCUCCACCGGAGCUGCUCCCUCAGCUGCGGACUCCAAACUCAGCAACCAGGUGUCCACGAUUGUCAGCCUGCUCUCCACACUGUGCAGAGGCUCACCGCUGGUCACACAUGACCUGCUGCGCUCAGAGCUGCCUGACUCCAUGGAGAGUGCCCUGCAGGGCGAUGAGCGUUGUGUGCUGGACACUAUGCGGCUGGUUGACCUACUGUUGGUGCUGCUGUUUGAGGGCCGCAAGGCGCUGCCCAAGUCCACCGCUGGCUCCACUGGCCGCAUUCCGGGCCUACGGCGUCUUGACAGCUCUGGCGAGCGCUCUCACCGACAGCUCAUUGACUGUAUCCGCAGCAAAGACACAGAUGCACUCAUCGAUGCUAUUGACACCGGAGCAUUUGAAGUGAAUUUCAUGGAUGAUGUAGGGCAGACACUUCUGAAUUGGGCUUCUGCAUUUGGCACGCAAGAAAUGGUGGAGUUCCUGUGUGAGAGAGGUGCUGAUGUCAAUCGAGGUCAGAGGUCAUCCUCACUGCAUUAUGCUGCUUGUUUUGGACGGCCACAAGUAGCCAAGACUUUACUGCGUCAUGGAGCCAACCCUGACCUGAGAGAUGAAGAUGGCAAAACUCCACUGGACAAAGCCAGGGAAAGGGGGCACAGUGAAGUUGUUGCAAUCCUGCAGUCUCCUGGAGAUUGGAUGUGUCCUGUGAACAAGGGGGAUGACAAGAAAAAGAAGGAUGUGAAUAAGGAAGAGGAGGAGGGCAGUGAGCCGAAAGGAGAUCCUGAGAUGGCUCCUGUCUAUCUGAAAAGGCUGCUUCCUGUAUUUGCACAAACCUUUCAGCAAACCAUGCUGCCUUCAAUAAGGAAAGCUAGUUUAGCUCUGAUUAGGAAGAUGGUGCACUACAGUUCUGAAGUGCUCCUCAAGGAAGUGUGUGACUCGGAUGCUGGACACAGCCUGCCCACUGUCUUAGUGGAGAUCACUGCAACGGUGCUGGAUCAGGAGGAUGAUGAUGAUGGUCACUUGCUGGCCCUGCAGAUCAUCAGGGAUCUAGUCGAUAAGGGCGGAGAUGUGUUCUUGGACCAGCUGGCCAGACUGGGUGUAAUCAAUAAAGUGUCAACUCUGGCAGGACCCACCUCAGAUGAUGAGAACGAAGAAGAAGCCAAGCCUGAGAAGGAGGAUGAACCUCAGGAGGAUGCUAAAGAGAUCCAGCAAGGCAAGCCCUACCACUGGCGGGACUGGUCCAUCAUUAGGGGCAGGGACUGCUUGUAUAUUUGGAGUGAUGCUGCAGCGCUGGAACUCUCUAAUGGCAGCAACGGCUGGUUUCGCUUCAUCCUGGAUGGCAAACUGGCCACUAUGUACUCCAGUGGUAGCCCAGAGGGAGGGUCAGACAGUUCAGAGAGUCGGAGUGAGUUUCUGGAGAAGCUACAGCGUGCCAGGAGUCAGGUGAAGCCAGUCACAGCCAGCCAGCCCAUCUUGUCAACACUAGGGCCCACUAAACUCACUGUGGGAAACUGGUCCCUUACCUGCCUGAAGGAAGGAGAGAUUGCCAUCCACAACUCAGAUGGGCAGCAGGCCACCAUCCUGAAAGAGGAUUUGCCAGGUUUUGUGUUUGAAUCCAACCGAGGUACCAAGCACUCCUUCACUGCUGAAACGUCCCUGGGCUCAGAGUUUGUGACUGGCUGGACUGGAAAACGAGGAAGGAAACUAAAAUCCAAAUUGGAAAAAACAAAACAAAAAGUGAAAACUAUGGCCAGAGACUUGUAUGAUGACCAUUUUAAAGCUGUGGAAAGUAUGCCCAGGGGUGUAGUUGUCACCUUGAGAAACAUUGCCACUCAGCUGGAGUCUGCCUGGGAGCUGCAUACAAACAGACAGUGUAUAGAGGGAGAGAACACAUGGCGAGACCUCAUGAAAACAGCUUUAGAAAAUUUGAUUGUGGUUCUCAAGGAUGAGAAUACAAUUUCGCCAUAUGAAAUGUGCAGUAGCGGCCUAGUGCAAGCACUUUUUACUGUUCUAAAUAAUAGUGUGGAACUUGACAUGAAGCAUGAUUGUAAGCCAUUGAUGGAAAGAAUAAAUGUGUUUAAGACUGCAUUCAGUGAAAAUGAGGAUGAUGAAAGUCGACCCGCAGUUGCCUUAAUCCGAAAACUGAUAGCAGUCCUGGAGUCUAUAGAACGGCUACCUCUUCACUUGUAUGACACGCCUGGCUCAACAUACAAUUUGCAGAUUCUGACCAGGAGACUGCGUUUCCGGUUGGAACGUGCUCCAGGUGAGACAGCUCUCAUUGAUAGGACUGGCAGGAUGCUCAAGAUGGAACCUCUUGCUACUGUUGAGUCACUGGAGCAGUACCUACUAAAAAUGGUGGCGAAGCAGUGGUAUGACUUCGACAGGGCCUCCUUUAUUUUUGUCAGGAAGCUGCGAGAAGGCCAGAGCUUCACCUUCCGACACCAGCAUGACUUUGAUGAGAAUGGUAUUGUGUACUGGAUUGGAACAAAUGCAAAAACUGCAUAUGAGUGGGUAAACCCUGCUGCUUAUGGUCUGGUGGUGGUAACCUCAUCGGAGGGCAGAAACUUGCCCUACGGCCGGCUGGAAGAUAUCCUGAGCAGAGACAGCUCGGCCCUCAACUGCCACACCAACGAUGACAAAAAUGCCUGGUUUGCUGUCGACCUGGGCCUAUGGGUCAUCCCCUCAGCUUACACGCUACGCCAUGCCCGCGGCUAUGGCCGUUCCGCCCUCCGCAACUGGGUAUUUCAAGUGUCCAAAGAUGGCCAAAACUGGAUGACCCUUUACACCCAUGUGGAUGAUGGCAGCCUUAACGAGCCCGGGUCUACAGCUACUUGGCCUCUGGACCCACCCAAAGAUGAGAAGCAGGGCUGGAGACACGUUCGGAUAAAGCAAAUGGGGAAGAAUGCCAGCGGGCAAACACACUACCUCUCACUGUCUGGACUUGAAAUAUAUGGCACUGUUAGUGGUGUGUGUGAAGACCAGCUAGGUAAAGCGGUAAAAGAGGCAGAAGCCAAUCUACGCAGGCAGCGGCGACUCUUCCGCUCUCAGGUGAUGAAAUACAUAGUUCCCGGGGCCCGGGUUGUGCGUGGUAUUGACUGGAAGUGGAGGGACCAGGAUGGCAACCCUGCUGGAGAGGGCACCGUGACCGGAGAGGCCCACAAUGGCUGGAUUGAUGUUACCUGGGAUGCCGGUGGUUCAAACUCGUACCGUAUGGGUGCAGAGGGGAAGUUUGACCUCAAGCUUGCGCCAGGGUACGACCCUGAGUCAGCGCCGUCACCCAAACCUAUCUCAUCCACUGUUACAGGCACACCGCAGUCCUGGAGCAGCCUGGUGAAAAAUAACUGUCCGGACAAGGGCGGCUCGUCCUCGGCGGCGGGGGCCAGCUCCUCCAGCCGGAAAGGCAGUAGCAGUUCGGUGUGUAGCGUGGCCAGCAGCAGUGAUAUCAGCUUAAGCUCUGCACGUGUGGAGCGCAGGGUGGAAGGCCUUUUGGAGCAGGCGGUAGUUGUCGGCGGAGGAGCGCCAGGGGCGGAGGGUCAAGAGCCAGUUGUAGUGCUUUCCUCGGCAGAGGCUGGCUCUGGCUCCAGCACCAGUACACUCACGGCUGAUGCUGGAAGCGAAAGCGCAGAGCGCAAAACACCAGCACCCGACGGAACCCUGCGACAGUCAGCGGAGUCAGCCGCCAUGUCUAUGGGACUGGUCAGCGUCAGCUCUCCUGACGUCAGCUCCGUGUCCGAGUCAUCCAGCAAAGACGCAGCGUCCCAGAGGCCUCUGUGUUCAGCCACAAGUGCCCGCCUCUCGGUCAGCUCUCUUCUGGCUGCUGGUGCGCCCAUGAGUUCCAGCGCUAGUGUGCCCAACCUGUCAUCACGUGAAGCCAGCCUGAUGGAGUCAUUUGUGCGCAGGGCACCCAACAUGUCCCGCACCAAUGCCACCAACAACAUGAACCUGAGCCGUAGCAGUAGCGACAAUAAUACAAACACACUGGGCCGCAACGUCAUGGGGACUGCCACCUCUCCUCUCAUGGGUGCGCAGAGCUUUCCUAACCUUACAACUACUGGUACCACCUCAACUGUUACAAUGUCCACCUCCAUAGUAACCAGCAGCAAUAACGUAGCCACUGCAACUACAGGUUUGUCUGUCGGCCAGUUGCUCAGUAACACUCUGACGACCAGCCUGACCUCAACGUCUAGCGAGAGCGACACAGGUCAGGAGGCUGAAUUUUCCCUCUAUGAUUUCUUGGAUAGCUGUCGGGCAAACACGUUGCUAGCUGAGUUGGAUGAUGAGGAAGACUUGCCUGAACCAGACGAUGAUGACGACGAGAACGAGGAUGACAAUCAGGAGGACCAAGAGUAUGAGGAAGUUCUGGUACGGUCCAGGGUCAACCUUGGUUACCACGUUCAUAUUCAUAGGGAGGAAGAGGAAUAUGAAACUAAAGGCGGCCGGCGCAGGACCUGGGACGAUGAUUUUGUGCUGAAGCGGCAGUUCUCUGCUCUAGUGCCUGCAUUUGACCCUAGACCUGGGCGGACUAAUGUCCAGCAAACCACUGACCUGGAGAUCCCCACGCCAGGUACCCCUCGCUCUGAGGUGCAGGAGGAGGUGGAGUGCGCACCCUCGCCUCAUUUGGCUCUCAUCCUAAAGGUGGCAGGGCUGGGAACCACACGGGAAGUAGAACUACCUCUUUCCAACUACAAGUCCACCAUCUUCUAUUAUGUCCAAAAGCUGCUUCAGCUCUCUUGUAACGGCAGCAUCAAAUCGGACAAACUUCGGCGCAUCUGGGAGCCCACGUACACGAUAAUGUACAGAGAGUUGAAAGACUCUGACAAAGAGAAAGAAAGCGGAAAGAUGGGUUGCUGGUCUGUAGAGCAUGUGGAACAGUACCUUGGCACAGAUGAAUUACCAAAGAAUGACUUGAUAACCUACAUGCAGAAGAAUGCAGACUCAACUUUCCUGCGCCACUGGAAAUUAACCGGCACUAAUAAAAGUAUUAGGAAAAACAGAAAUUGUUCGCAGCUCAUAGCUGCAUACAAGGAUUUCUGUGAGCGGGGCUGCAGGUCAUCAGGACUUGGCACAGGCUCUCUGUCAGCCACACAGAGCUGUGACAUCCUGAGUGGUGUGCGGGAGCAGGCGCAGGCCAAAGCUGGCUCAGGCCAGAGCGCCUGUGGUGUGGAGGAUGUGCUGCAACUCUUGCGCAUCCUCUUCAUCAUCGGUGGAGAGCCUUCAGCCAGUCGCACGCUACAGGAAGAUGUGGAUGAUCUACAGUUCAAUGCAUCGCCUGAAGAGUUCACAAGCAAAAAAAUUACAACCAAAAUUCUGCAACAGAUUGAGGAGCCCCUGGCUUUGGCUAGUGGAGCUCUCCCAGACUGGUGUGAGCAGUUAACCAGCAAGUGUCCUUUCCUCAUCCCCUUUGAAACCCGGCAGCUCUUCUUUACCUGCACUGCAUUUGGAGCCUCCAGAGCAAUAGUCUGGCUCCAGAAUCGGAGAGAGGCCACUAUGGAGCGCUCUCGGCCCUCCACCACGGUGCGGCGGGACGACCCUGGCGAGUUCCGAGUGGGCCGGCUCAAACAUGAGCGUGUCAAGGUGCCACGUGGAGAGAGCAUGAUGGAGUGGGCAGAGAGUGUCAUGCAGAUCCAUGCUGACAGGAAGUCUGUACUGGAGGUUGAGUUCCAGGGAGAGGAGGGCACUGGUCUGGGGCCCACGCUGGAGUUUUAUGCCCUUGUGGCGGCUGAGUUCCAGAGGACUUCACUGGGUAUCUGGCUCUGUGAUGAUGACUUCCCAGAUGAUGAGUCACGUCAGGUGGAUUUGGGAGGCGGCCUGAAACCCCCAGGCUAUUAUGUACAACGCUCCUGCGGCCUUUUCCCUGCCCCCUUCCCUCAGGAUAAUGACGAGCUGGAGCGCAUCACCAAGCUCUUUCUCUUUCUGGGCAUCUUCUUGGCCAAGUGCAUCCAGGACAACCGGCUUGUGGACUUGCCCCUCUCUCAGCCCUUCUUCAAACUUCUCUGUAUGGGGGACAUUAAGAGUAACAUGAGCAAGCUCCUGUACCAGACCCGUGGGGACUCGGACCACCGCUUCUCUGAGAUCCAGUCAGAGGCCUCCACUGAGGAGGGCCAAGACACGUACUCAGUGGGCAGUUUUGAUGAAGACUCAAAAUCUGAAUUCAUCCUGGACCCACCAAAGCCCAAACCCCCUGCCUGGUACCAUGGUAUUUUGACUUGGGAGGACUUUGAACUAGUAAAUCCUCACAGAGCACGGUUCCUAAAAGAAAUGAAGGAUUUGUCAGUAAAGAGGAGGCAAAUCCUAGGCAAUAAGAGCCUUUCAGAAGAUGAGAAGAAUACUCGGCUACAGGAUCUCAUGCUGAAGAACCCUAUGGGUUCCGGCCCGCCGCUCAGCGUAGAAGAUCUGGGAUUAAAUUUCCAGUUCUGUCCCUCAUCUAAAGUACAUGGCUUCUCAGCAGUGGACCUUAAGCCCAAUGGAGAAGAUGAGAUGGUUACCAUGGACAAUGCAGAGGAGUAUGUGGAGCUGAUGUUUGACUUCUGUAUGCACACUGGGAUUCAGAAGCAAAUGGAAGCCUUCAGAGAGGGCUUUAACAGGGUGUUCCCGAUGGAGAAACUGAGCUCGUUCAGUCAUAAAGAGGUCCAGAUGAUUCUGUGUGGAAACCAGUCUCCGUCCUGGACAGCCGAGGAUAUUGUCAACUACACUGAGCCCAAACUGGGCUACACUCGGGACAGUCCUGGUUUUCUACGCUUUGUACGAGUCCUGUGUGGAAUGUCCUCAGAUGAGAGGAAAGCCUUUCUCCAGUUCACAACAGGUUGCUCAACUCUGCCCCCUGGUGGACUAGCCAACUUGCACCCUCGUCUCACGAUAGUGCGCAAGGUGGAUGCAACAGAUGCCAGCUAUCCCUCAGUAAACACAUGCGUGCACUACCUGAAGUUGCCAGAGUAUUCCUCUGAGGAGAUUAUGAGAGAGCGCCUCCUCGCCGCUACUAUGGAAAAGGGCUUCCACCUCAACUGAGCAUGCUCUCCCCACACCACUGACCAACUCCCUGUACUGAUGAAGCCUGUUGUUUUGUUGCAGAAAAAAAAAAAACAAAAGCUGUGCUUGCUGAUGAAAUCCCCUUAAGUACAGUUCACACCUAUAACCAAAAGGAAUCCCAUCUUCAGCUCCAUUAGCUACUGAAACAGAUUUAGGGCCAUGCCCCUGCCUGUCUUGCCCUAGUCACCUCAUCAACUUUUGUACUGUGCUGCUUUAAGGGCUUGAGCCGCUGGUAGCCAAGGGCAGUCUCUCCUCACGUUCUGCGUUUACUCUUAUACCCCGGCUCAGAGCGUCUGUGUAUAGUUCAGCAUAGGUUUUCUUUUCAGAUUCCCACAUAGCACCAUCUUGCACGUCAGAUCCUGGUUUCCCUCAGAGGGGGGACACAAGCACCCGCUUCUGUAGAGCUAACUGUAGUGUUUGGGUAUUUCCAGGUUUUAAGUUUUACUAGUGCCUGCAUUAUUUGAAGUAUUAGCAUUUUUUUGCCCCUUUUGUUUUGCUUAAUCUUUCAGCAUACAAUCAUGCACAUGCUUUCUUUUUGUUUGUUUUUUUGUUUUGUUUUCCCUCCCUCCCUCCCUCCCUCCCUCCCUCUUCCGUUACUGUGUAUGUUUCAGUUGUUCAUCAUCCUGCUAAAAGGAUUAAAGUCCCUGAGUGCAUUUGUGUAAUUUUACAAUAAAGCUAUAGAG